UGUGUGUGUGUGUGUGUGUGUGUCCGUCUUUCCCGUCUGGAGCUCCUCCCGCGCGCGCGGCUCUCCCUCUUUUACAGUUUAUUAUAGACCUGUAUGUUUACAGAUAAUUCUGGGACCCGAGGAGUCAAAUACACGCAUUAAAGACGCAGAAACGGAGGAGGGAUUUUCCACGUGUGCAGGACGUGGAUGUGAUGAGAUGAAAUGAGAUCUUCAUGGAGGAAUGUGAUGUAAAGCUGGAAAACUGCUGAAUGUUCAGGAUUGAGAAAACGAAACCCUGCGUGAUGGAUAUCAGAGUGUGAUAAAUGCUCACGGUGAAGCGGCAUGAGAGAAGAACACUACGCUAAUGGAUAAAGCAGUACAAAGUAAAGUGUGAACAACAGUUUCUCUCGGAUGGAGCUCUGACACACACAACACUCAAUGGAGGAUCGGGACCGCAGCCGUUCUCCAUCACGUAGGACCAGCAAAGUAGAGCAGGUGGUAGGACGCUGGCUUCGGCGCUCCAGAGAGUCCACCAGCAGAGAGCGUGUGCUGGACGAAGAUGGACGAGGAGCCGAUGCCAGUCCUCAGAGAAGCUGUGCUCUUAGAGUGACGGUUCAGAUCCCACUGGACCCCGAGCUCAAGUCUCACGGCUUCACCGUGUCCAAUCAGACGCCUGCGCAGAUCGAGGAGAUCGUCAGAGGGGGUCCUGCAGAUGGCAAACUUUUCCCUGGUGACCAGCUUGUGAAGAUCAACAACGUCGCUGUCAACGAUCUGUCAACAGAGCAAACAACCGACGUUAUCAAGGAGUGCCAGGACACCAUUACAAUGACAGUUCUCAGAAUAACCGUGGGACCGAAGUCGUCCUUCAUAACCCCAGAGAAGAGGGCUAAGCUAAAAUCCAACCCGGUUAAGGUGCGCUUCGCCGAGGAAGUGGUCGUUAACGGCCACUCACAGGGUAACUCUCUGCUCUUCCUGCCCAACGUUCUGAAGGUGUAUUUAGAGAACGGCCAGACCAAAGCCUUCAAAUUCGAACCCAAAACCACUGUUAAGGACAUCGUGAUGACUCUGAAGCACAAGCUGUCCAUAUCCCGCAUCGAACACUUCUCUCUGGUGCUGGAGCAGCAGUACAGCAUCACUAAACUCUUCUUGCUGCACGAGGAUGAGCUGAUUCAAGAAGUGGUCCAGAAGCGAGAGCCUCAUGAUUACCGGUGUCUGUUUCGUGUCUGCUUCACGCCCAAAUACCCACAAGAGCUGCUGGAAGACGACCCCAUAGCCUUCGAGUAUCUUUACUUACAGAGUGUGUGUGAUGUCCUGCACGAGAGGUUUGCUGUAGAGAUGAAGUGUAACACAGCGAUCAGACUGGCAGCUCUACACAUCCAGGAGAGACUCGCCAGCACAGGACAGUCUCCAAAAACACCGCUAAAGACUGUUAUAAAGGACUGGGGUUUCGGAAGCUUUGUUUCCAGCACCCUGCUGAGGAACAUGAGAGAGAAGGACUUGAGGAAAGCCAUCAAUCUACACAUGAAGAGGAUUCUGUCGCAGGAGCACAAGCAUAAGGCGAUGACAGUAAACCAGGCCCGGCUAAGCUACCUGAGCGAGAUGUCUGAACUCAAGUCUUAUGGAGGAAAAUCCUUUAGUGCCACCAUGAUGCUGCAGGACAGAGAGUCCACAGUAAGCUUGUUGGUGGGGGCGCAGUAUGGCGUGAGUCAGGUGAUCAAUCACAAGCUGAGUAUCAUGACCAUGCUGACAGACUUCAGCAGCAUCACCAAGGUGGAGCUCGUAACCGAGUCGGAGCGCGUCAGCCUGGUCAAGAUCUACAUGCAGGACAUUAAGCCCCUAACAUUGCUAUUGGAAUCAGUACCUGCUAAGGAUUUGUCAUGUCUGGUAGCUGGUUACUGCAAAGUAUUUAUAGAUCCUCAAAUCUGCGUGUUCCCCUGGACAAUGGAAUCGAAGAGCCACCGUAUAUCUGCAGAAGAAGGUUACGUAUCAAGAUGCUGCAGCGACUCCGAAGACUCAGAGGUGGACGUCUUGCUUCCUCAUGCUCCAAGUCCUACCCAGAAUGAUACCAAUAACAGUUUGGAUACUAAUCAAGUUGCUGGACAGGAGGAAGAAUACGGGGAUAUAGAGGACAAGAGUGAAAAAGAGAGUGUGGAGAAUGGAGCUGGAGAAACAAAGAAAGUAAGACUAGAGGAGCAGGCCGCAUCUGGGCUUGCAGAUGAAGGAGAACGUGCAAAUCCCGAUCCGGAAAAUGGCACAGAAGAAACCAACGAGGUCGAACAAGAGCCCAGGGAGGAGGAUCCACCAUGUAUUAUUAUUGUGGAAGACCCACUAUCAGAGGCAUCAGAUUCCUUUCAGACAGACUCGCGCUUUGUUACCAGCAUGUCAAGUGACUCCAUGGAUGCUUUAGAGGAGGAUGACUUUUUGACCUACUUCUCAACUAACUAUGUCAGCCAGCUGAAUGCUAAUGACCAUUACCUCCGUGUUGACACUUGUGCACCGUGUCCAAGUCAACUUGAUUGUCAUGAUGACGUUUGCUUCAUCGAGUUCCCUGCCAACGAUGACGAAUUAUUAGGUCUUGCUGCCCUGUCAAGCAUCGCCGAAUGUCUGCCAAGUCCCACCGAAGCCAGCGAGGACGAAUAUUCAGAAUCGGGAGCUGAUGAAGGUGAACAAGAGGCUCCAGAGGAUGUUUUCGAAAGUAUCGAGGCUCCUCAUGGAGAGUCAAUGUUCACAUUCAACCAGGGUGAUGCACAACGAUACUACAACAUCUGUGCAAUUUUAUCGCCUGAUAGCGGUGCAGGAAAUUCUCCUUACUACAUUAAUGUACAAAAUGAAGAAGAAGUAAAGAAGGACAGAAAGCCUGUCUGUCCCAUCCUUCUUCCCCCUCCAGGAUUUGGGGACAGUAGCUCAGACGAUGAGUUUUUUGAUGCACAGGAGAGAUUCAUUCUUGAAGAACCAUUAUCAGCACCAGUGCCUAAAGGGCGUUUCAGAAAUUCAAGUUUUAAAAAACGCACUCUGAGCCUAAGCUACAUUAGCACUGGCGCUGGUGAACGAAACAAGCAAGAAGGACAGAGUAAAAGGAGAGAGCAAAAAGACAAAGAGAAACCAAAGACAGAGACAAAAAACGAAGUUCGAAGGUUCCGUAAGAGAAGCAGAAAGCGCCGUUCCUUCAUGGAAACGGAGUAUACAUCUUUAGUAUCAUUUCCUAGAAAAGACCAAACCGAAAAUUGCAACCAAAUCCCAAAUCAUGGAUCGGGACCCAGCCAUCUUUGUGAAAGUGAGCAAUCGAAGCAAACCUCCAAAGAACCAUCUGAAACCCAUUGUUUUCUGCAUGGUCACCAAAUCAGCAAGGCAAAUCAGCGAAAACAGCAGGUUAUAUUGAUGGAACCGGAUUCCAUGGAGUUUAAAUCCAUCACCGAAAUCAUGUCUACUGCUUCCCCCGGUAUUGUAGCAGUACGUACAUCUACAGAGCCUAAGGUAAAAGCCACGGACAGUUCUGGUGGACCCGAGGAAGAAGAAGGUGCAGUAGGAGUUGUGGUUGAUAGGUCAACAGAUAGUAAUUUCUUUUUUCACACUCCUUGCAAGGACUUUUGUGAUGAUGCGUCACCUGUGAAAGAAACCGACCAAGAAUCCCUGAUGGAAGGUCCAUCUCACAAAACUUUAGACAGGAAAAAGAGCUGCUCACUUCCACAUUCAGAUCAAACACCUAGUUCGCCUUCUUCGUCUGUAUCCUUUAACCAAAACCCAGGCAUAGACAUGGUUGUUGAAAGUCUGGAAUUGGGCAUUCAAAGAUGCUCAGUAGAGCCAAAAGAAAGAAGAAAAAGUCAGAGCAUAUCUGGAGUAUCUGGUAGUAGUAUGGAUUUUCGUUUAACAAGGGACCACUUCAUCCAGACGGAGCCUGUAGUGUGCACAAAAGAACCGCGUUCAGGUGACAAAGAAAGUUCUGUUAAUCCAUUCGCCAAAGAACUAUCAGGGUUCCAUACCCAGGGAUACGUAUCCCCUCAAUUUUCUUCUGGACUUCUUAGGAGGAUUCAGAACUUGCCCUUGUAUCUGUCUCGUUCCGUGGAGGUGCUUGCCAGUAACAGCAGUCUUGCAGGACCAACAAGGAGGUUUUCUGAAGGUAUGAAGGCCCCAGAGGUGGACAUAGACUUUCAGGAAGUCGUUUGCAAUAAUUCCUAUAUGGAACGAGUACAAAAACCUGAAAACAAACAACCCUCAUGGCCUCCGAAGACACCAUUGAGCCUGAAAUCGGUUGACCCUGUCAAAAUCAGCCCUUCAUCUCUUCUGCUUACAACACAAAAGCCCACUUACACUCAACCGCAAGCCCUGCCUGGCUCGAGUUUACAUCCAAAGCCUGACUUUACGUGCAGUUCAGUGCUUGCCUCGGUGUGUGAGACGGUCAUCGAGAGUGUCGAAACACCGAUGGAGGUUUGUGGCUGCCAGUCAGCAUACACUAACUGUUUUAGUAACGUCCUGAACAGUGGCAGUUUCGAUGAUGAACUGACAGUCUACGAGUUCUCCUGCAGGACACAGCAAAGUAUGCGUGACAGGGUGGCACUGGUCACAUCCAUGCCUCCUUCAUCCUUUUCUGGUUCCUCUUCCUCGUUUUCACCAUCCUCACCCCUCCCAGCAUUCACACGCAUUGUGCUGCCGCCUUCCUCAUCUUCAGAACUUGGCCCUCUUCUAUCACCCCUGGACACCACUGAUUGCUUUCUCUCUAACCCUCAUGGAGACACUAUGAGCGCUUUACUGGGCCAGCAUUACCCCUUACCACCAACAGGAUUCCUGUCUCUGCAAAGAGAUGUUGAUACACUAUUAACUGUCCUGGAUGGUGCAAUGAAGAGCCAAGACUGUAUCCAAGAGCAUCCCAGAGACACAUGUGCAGACCACUUUUCUGAAAACAAGCGCCGGUUGCACGCAGAGGCGCGGGGGUUUCUGGCCGGCUGUCAGCAGGUUGUGAAGGCCGGACAAACCCCUGCAGAGACUCUUCAAGCCCUAGCAGACAGUUUUCACUCACUGGUACAGCUAACAGGCGUAUGUCUGAGUUUCUCUAGCUGCCAGAGGUGCCAGGAGCGCCACGCUCAAACCUUGUCGGGGCUAUCGGACGUCGCACAGACCUAUCAGGAGUUCGCACGGGCGGCCGAGCGCUUGGGCAUGGCUACGGAAAGGAGAACUUGCCAUGAGCUCAGUAUUAAACUCCUGGCCCGUCAGUGCACCGCGCUCACAACCUCGGUCUUUUGCCUAACGCAGCUCUUCCGUACACUCACGGCUCUUUGACCUUCAAACACAAGCGUCUUGACCAGACGUCUGACUUUAGCAUAAUUCUGCCGAACUCUGGGCUACGUAAGGCAUUUGAGAUAUAAAAACACGAAAGCCUAAUUAUAAUCCAAAAAUGCUGACCUUUUACUGAUGAACACGCACACCACACAAAAUGAAGGUGACAAUGCUUAUGAAUGCACUCUCACAAACCGAACAUCAAUCGAUUAAAAUCGGCACGUGGUACAGUUUUUAUUUAAAUAUAUAUGACGUUUAUUUUCUUAUUCAUUUCAGAAGGUUUCUUGAAUUCAUUAGUGGUUAUUUUGAGUCCAGGACCCACGCACAAGAUUAGGACUUAACCUCCCCGUUUACGUCUUUUCUCUUCCUUUAGUUUCUAAUUCAGUCGGCUGAAGAUUUCUCCACACUAUCUGCACAUCCAAAGCAGAACUUGCAAAGGCUCAAUUUUUGGUAGACAUUUGUGGUAGUGACCAUGAGUGCAAAUUUUGAGCAGGAAUACCAAAAAUUAUGAAUAACUGGGAUGUUCUUUUUUCAUGCGAGGAGCCUUUUUUCGAGAGGAAAUCUGACUCCUUUUUACUACGGAAGUUCCCAUAGGCUGUAUUAUAACCUAAUAUGUACAGUGCAACCUCGAUACUCGCGGGGGUUACGUUCUAUGACCCCUCGUGAGUAACAAAAAAUCGCGAGGUUUUGACUCUGCUUUUAAUGGAUCCUUUUUCAAGGGGAAUUGUACUGUAGUGUAAA